UUCUUAAGCCCUUACCCUGUUAGGGUUUUACACUGGCCGAGUAAAAAACCGAAAGAAAUCAGCUUUUUAUCUUAAUUUACGAUUGCAUUUUUCACAAAUUAGCGAAGAAAUUCACGGUUUCAAUGGCGGAAGAAAAGAAUUUCAAUGCCGACCAUAACGCUUACCAUGGCGGCGACGGUGCCGUCCAAAUGUACGAUCAGCAGGAUCGGUUUGAAUUGGGGAGUGAAUUGGAAGGAGGCAAUGCAGAUAGUACAGGAGGUGAAGUAAAGCAUUCGACGAGCCAUUAUGAUUCUUCGUCCAGUGGCAAGCUUUUCGUUGGAGGCGUUUCUUGGGAGACCACUGAAGAGACCUUUAGUGAUUACUUCAGCAAGUAUGGAGAAAUAGCUGAUUCAGUUAUAAUGAUGGACAAACACACUGGAAGGCCACGCGGGUUUGGUUUUGUAACGUUUUGUGAUCCUUCAGUUGCUGACAUGGUUCUGAAUAAAGACCAUGUUAUAGAUGGCAGAACGGUGGAAGUGAAGAGAACAGUUCCGAGGGCUGAUACGAACGAUAAAUUGGUAUCAAGGACAAAGAAAAUUUUUGUUGGUGGAAUUCCACCUGCUUUGACUGAAGAUGCGUUUAAGGUCUACUUCUCUUCGUUUGGUACUAUUACCGAACACCAAAUCAUGAUAGACUAUAGAACGAAGCGGUCUAGAGGAUUUGGAUUUAUAACUUUUGAGAACGAAGAUGCAGUUGAAAGUAUAUUCGCUGGAAACGAAAAACAUGAGCUUGGAGGCAAGCAGGUGGAAAUCAAGAAGGCUAUACCAAGAAGAGUUUCUUAUGAUUCACAUAGUAACAAUACUGCAGCACCACCUUCUUCAGGAUAUGGCAUGUAUAAAUGUGAAGGCUUAUAUGAUGAUAAAAUGGGCAGACCUUUUGGACGGUAUGAUGUAUAUGCACCCUUUGGCGGGUACGGUGGGAACUAUGCCAAUUUCUACGGUGCAUACAAUUACGGUUUUGGUUAUGGUGGCCCGAUGUAUAUAAACGGUAUCGGUAGAUAUGGGAUGACUGGUUACGGUGUCCCCACUUGCUAUGGUUGUACAAUGGCUGAAAGAUACCAUCCAUAUUGGUAUUGAGCAAUCUUUUCCUAGAUGGUUUCUACUAUGAAGAAAGUGAUGAUUGAUUUUGACCAGGAGCACAAAUAUCCAUCCAUCUUAGUAGCUGUGCAGUUCGAGAUUUUUUCGGUGUAAUAUAAUCGACGAUGAUCUUCUCUAUUUUUUUUUUUUUUUUUUCCUUUUUGGAGACGUGACGAUGGAAUGAUGGACAUACUUCCUCUAGGAUAUCAUAUGUUUUUGAAUCUUCACAACCGUAGUUGUGAUAUUCUCAAAUAAGGAAAACAUAUGAUGUAGAGAUAAUAUUAGUUUACUAUCUAAUUUUUCUUAACCUCUGGGGUCAACCCACCUGAACUCACUAAGACCGACGAUGGUUCGGUUUUGGUUCGAGUAAGGUUGGUUUUCAGGUUGACAUAUAGGCUUGCCGACCUCUCGACCUCCUGAGGUGAUUGACAUAGGUUUCUUUUUUUUUUUUUUUUUUU